AGAUUGCCUUCAUGACGGUGACUCUCUUUCCCAUCCGUCUGUUUUUUGCUGCUUUUAUGAUGCUCCUUGCCUGGCCUUUUGCUUUUAUUGCUGCUAUGGGUCGCACAGGGAAAGAACUUGAGAUGCCUAUGUCCUGGUGGAGAAAGUUAUUGGACAUCCUCCUAAAAAGCAAUCAUGCGUACAAUGUGGUUUGCUGGUGGUUUCCACUGGGUGACUGUAAAGGGAAGACAAGCACUGCCCGCUGAGGCUCCUAUCCUGACCUUGGCUCCACAUUCUUCGUAUUUUGAUGCCAUUCCAGUAACGAUGACAAUGGCCUCCAUUGUGAUGAAAGCAGAAAGCAAAGACAUUCCUGUUUGGGGAACUCUGAUCAACUAUAUUAGGCCAGUGUUUGUUUCUCGCUCAGAUCAGGAUUCACGGAAGAAGACAGUAGAGGAAAUUCGAAGACGGGCCCACUCUAAUGGUAUAUGGCCACAGGUAAUGAUCUUCCCAGAAGGAACCUGCACCAAUAGAUCAUGUCUCAUUACCUUCAAACCUGGUGCGUUCAUUCCUGCUGUGCCAGUCCAGCCAGUGGUUUUAAGGUACCCAAAUAAAAUGGAUACAAUAACGUGGACAUGGCAAGGUCCUGGGGCAAUGAAAAUACUUUGGCUUUCUUUAUGUCAGUUUCACAACUAUGUAGAAAUUGAGUUUCUUCCAAUUUAUACUCCUUCUGAAGAAGAGAAGAAGAACCCUGCCUUGUAUGCUCACAAUGUAAGGCGUAUUAUGGCAAAAGCAUUGGAUGUGUCUGUCACAGACUACACAUUUGAAGAUUGCCAGCUAGCAUUAGCGGAGGGUCAGCUUCGUCUCCCAUCAGACACUUCUCUCUUGGAGUUUGCAAGACUUGUAAGAAGUCUGGGGUUAAAGCCAGAAAAGCUUGAAAAAGAGCUAAAACAAUUCUCAGAAAGUGCCAAGAAAAGGAAAGGGGAGAAGAUAAACCUAAAAGAAUUUGCAGAGUACCUGUCUGUUCCAGUAACAGAGAAAUUAGAGGACCUAUUUGCCUUAUUUGAUGAAAAUGAAGAAGGUGCAAUUGAUCUAAGGGAGUAUGUUAUUGCAUUGUCUGUUGUGUGUAGACCUUCCAAGACCUUGGACACCAUUCAGUUGGCUUUUGAGAUGUACCAGUCAGAGAAUGAUAAAACCAUAGUAGAAGACGACUUGGCAGUGAUUCUGAAGACUGCACUGGGAGUGUCAGAGCUUAGUGUAACAGAUAUUUUUAGAGCAAUAGAUGAAGAAGAAAAGAGUAAAAUUACAUUUGAGGACUUCAACAGAUUUGCAGAACUGAACCCCAGUUUUGCCGAAGACUAUAUUUAUCCAAAUAUGGUGGACUCUGAAACUCUUCUAAACAGCCCUUCUCCCAAUGCUCCAAAUGGCUUCUGUACUGAUUUCACACCUGAUGACAUGGAAGAGACACAGUACCACAGGGAUCAAAAGAAAACAAACUAA